UAACGAAUCAAUAAAACUGCGAUAACCAAAGCGUUUCAUACGUUUUGUUAAAAAAAAAUUUUUUGUUGAAUACCAAAACUCAUCGAAAACAAGAAAAAUAAACUACUGUCAAAAACAAAUACCGAAAGAACAAGUUUUUACACCUAGAAAAUUGAACAAUUUUGCCAUAAAUUUAUUACUCUCAACGAUGUCAAUAAUAUUGAAUGCUGUAUGGAGAUAGAGAUAAAAAAAACUAACAACAAAAUUAAAGAAAAAAAGAGCAAUGAAAUUGAAAAUAUGAAAUAAUGGUUAAUGAAAGUUAAUUGAUCUGAAUAAAAUAGUUAUUAAAAAACACAAGGAACACAAAAGUUAUGACAUGUGGAGAAGAAUACUUAACGUAGACUUUCUGUACAGGUUUAGUAUGUACAAAAGAAAAGUAACCAGUGAAAGACAAUUCAACAACGUGGAUUACACGCAGUUAACCGAAACCGAUAAUGGUUUCGUUGAUUCUCAAUUUGUUCAACCUCCGGUUAAAAUACCUUGGAAGGCGAUAAUUUUAGCAGCUAUGCUUUUUAUCGGAGGAACUGUUAUGCUAGUCAUGGGCAGUUUAAUUGUCAGUGGUCAUAUAGAUACUAAGUAUUCGGACAGGAUGUGGCCUUUAAUAAUCUUAGGGGCCUUAAUGUUUAUACCAGGUGCUUAUCAUGUGAGAGUAGCAAUAUUGGCUUAUCGCAAAGUUCCAGGCUAUUCAUUCGACGAUAUUCCUGAAUUUGAAUAAUUAAAAUAGAUAAUAUUUUCGUGUAAAUACUGUUUCGAAAAAAAUAUAUAUAAUAUAUUGACUGUCA